CGCCUCGACGAUGUCUCAGCGCUCGAUCGCAUCGAAAACCCGCAGCUCGCCAUGGGUCUUUUUCAUAAACAGCUGAACUUAGCCUGGCAGAACAUGGACAUUCACAAACACUCUGUCGACACUCCAGGCAGCUUCGCGUGGACGAUCUCGAUCCUAGGGCUCAAGAGACUUCACGGGGAGAAGCCGGACUAUCAGACGAUGGUCCAGCUCUUCAAUACGGUGCUACAGGCUAACGUUCUAGUUUACUGGGAGAUCGCCACUGGUAAAUCGCUCCAGGAGCUCGCGAAAGACAAGCCCAGCGCGUCGACUCUCCUCGAGACCGCUCAGAAAAUUCAUACGCAGUUCUUCUGCCCU